GCAGAAAUACUUAUUUCUGUUGCGCAAGCGCCAAUGCAGAUUGGAGAGAACGUUUUGUCUGUCGUCUGCAUUGAAUUGCAUUGUUGUUUUCCACGUGAAUAUUUAUAUUUAUUGUGUUUAUUGUGGUCGAUCGACGAGGUGAAUGUGUCCGGAAUAGGUGCAUCUCAGACAAAUCGUUCCAACCAAGUGCAUUGGAGGUUUCGCAAUAGAAAAAUGUUUGUUUUGUUGGGCCCUGAAUCAUCGAAGUUUACUAGCUGUCAUGGUGCAGAAAUGAGUGGAUCAAAUUAGUUUUGCGGGGGUUUCUUUCGGAUACAGACAUUCUAUUUAAUGCCCUAUUGGUAGAUAACGAUGUCCAACAGGCAUAUUCCGGCAGACAAGAUAAACCUAAGAUUAAUCCUAGUUAGUGGAAAAACAAAAGAGUACCUGUUCAGUCCUAGUGAUUCGGCAGGCGAUAUAGCACAGCAUGUUUUUGACCACUGGCCAGAAGAUUGGCGUCAGGAAGCAGUGGCAAAGGCCGAAAUACUUAGACUUAUUUAUCAGGGGCGGUUUCUGCAUAGCAACGUGACACUCGGAGCGCUAGGGCUACCGUUUGGUAAAACUACUGUAAUGCAUUUGGUGCCUAGAGAAAAUCUUCCGGAACCAAAUUCACAAGAUCAACGACAAAAAAGUAAAGGAGGGAACGGAAGCUGCUGCUCGACUUCUUGUUCCAUUUUGUAAUUAAUGCACCCCCCACGUAUAAUAAUAAUUCAAUACUUACCUGUUUUAUUUAAAAAAAAAGAAGUUUUGUAUAGGUGAGAUGUAGUAACGUAAAUGUAUGUGCGACGGUGCGAAUGUUUCGGAAUGAAUGGUUUUAUUUGUGUGAAACUUCGUUUCAUUAUUGAAUUUGUGAUAUACCCAUCAGUGUAAAAUAUGAUACUCAUGUGCCAGACUGUUAAAACUGAUCGCUGAAUUUGCUACGCAGUCUCUAGCACUUGCUGUUUUAAUGUAUAUGAAGAGAAAUAAUUGUAACUAUACCUAUAAUUAUUGUUUAAAGUUAGAAAGAAAUGUUGUUUAUUUCAGACAUUGUUUAUGAAUUUCUCCAUAUCUCGAAAGUUACUUAAAUGUUGUAAAAUAACCAUGACACAAUUAGCCAAAGAUGUUAAACAAGCGAAGAACAAUGUGGUCUUUCUAGAUCGGAUUUCAAAAGUGAAAAAUCCUAUUAUUCGUCCAUGUCAUGGUAAUAUAAUUCUUAACUACUGGGCCAUUGAGAGUAUCGAAAUUGCCAUUUUUCAAACAUCACUGACUUGAAAGCGAAAUUAGUUAUCCAAUACUAACGAAAUGUAUCAAAUUGUUUUUUGAGAAGGGCUCUGAUUGAUUCCCUCGAAACUGCAGCUUUAACAUAUAUUUUCAGAUAUGAGCUACUGAACGAGUAAAUACAGUUGAAAGGAUAUAUUUUUAGCCAAUCCAUAAGUCUAAAAGCUACUGAUUUAAUGAAAUAACCCCCUAUAAUGUACAUAAUCUACUCUACAUGAUACUAAAAUGUACCUUGUACAUAAGCUUUGAAUGUGUUGAUUUUGAGGCGCUCAUAUCUACUCGCAGAACUGAAAAAAAAACUAUUUUUAGCUAAUACAGUGCAAUAUCCGCAAACGGCCCAAUCAAAAGGCCAUAAACUUUAUUAAUUCCCCAUGGUUUGUUAAUUAUUGUUGUGUAUUAAUGCUUUUACAUAGAUAUUUUUUGAUUAGAGCGUAGCGCUGUAUUGAAGUUAAUAAAGCAAAAAACCAGAGUUGUUGCGUAAAAUAAUGGCAAAAAAUGAGUUUUUAUUACUAAAUGCCUCUGUUUUCAUUGAUUUGUUGUUCACGUAUUUUGGCUGGCUUCAGUAUUCUUUUAAAAAAUUUAUUUUUGUAUUAUAUCAUAGCCGUAUUUUGUAAUAUAGCAAUAUUAUUCAGGCGGUGUCUAUAACUGUAUAUAUCUCCAAUAUUUGCUCUUAUCUAUCUUUAGCUUAAGGUGUAGUGAUUUGACGAUAAAUUUAAAGACGCAAACAUACUAAAUGGUUAGCAAUCGCUGUUUAAGAUAAGUUAUUUCAUGUUGUCGAUAAUGAUGUAUGUCAGGAAUUCUGCCUGUAACUUAAUAUAUUUGAUUAAUUUCAAAAAACCA